AUGGAUAGUAAAUACCGCCGCAAUGGUCGACUAAUAGAUAUUGUUGAUGAGGAAUGGAAAGCUGAACAGUUGCCUGAUGAAGAUAUUCAGGUACCAUUAGAAGAGCUACCAGACCCUGAAGCUGACAGUGCUGACUCACACUUGACUUUAAAGGAACAAAAAACAGAGAAGGUAGCUAAAAAAGCGCAAGGCGCACUUACAAUAUUAAAGCAAUUUGGUAUUCACGAAUGUGAUCAUAAGGAAGCAGUGCCUGGUUCUCAGUGCAUAAAAUCUAUGGUUGGAAAGAAAAAUGAAAAACACUACAUAUUAGCAACACAAGACAGAGAUUUGCAGGAAAAAAUGAGACUAAAAGCUGGUGUUCCACUUUUAUAUUUGCAUAAUAAAUCUCCUACACUAGAAAAACCUUCAAAAGCAAGUUAUAGCAAAGCUGGUACCGUAUUAGAAACAAAUCAAUUUAUGUUCAUAAGUAAAACACAAGAUGAAUCAUUAAAGAAUAUAAAAAAAGCUCUUGGUGUAGAGGAAAAGGAGGAAGAACAAAAGGUUAUUACAAAAAAGAAAAAACCUAAAAACCCCAAUCCAUUAUCAUGCAAGAAAAAAAAGAAAAAGCCAGGUGUUCCAAAAAAUAUUAAACAAAAUGUAGUGAUGGAAGGAAAAGUGCGUAAGAGGAAAAAAUCGAAACCUAAAAUAAAUAAAGAAGUUACUGUC